CUGAGGCCCCACUUUGGUAUCUUCUCUGAAAUGUCGCAAUCCCAGCCUUGCUCUCUAGAAACCCUCGUCUGAAAGUUCGUGCACUAAUUAUACAGCGGGACCUUCUCAGCGUGGUCCUUUUAUAUCCUUAUGAAAUAUCGGGCCUGGUACUCCUACAGACUGAGUCUCCUCUUCGUCGGUAAUUUUAUAGUCGACUCAAAAGUCUCCAGUAAUAUCGGGCCUAGCACUCUUACAGUCUUCUCCUUAAUGUUGUAGGUGAUCCUUAAGAAUUCUCAGCGUGAUCCUGUUAUAUCCUUCUGUAAUAUCGGGCCUAGUUUUCCUAUAGACUUCUUUCUUCGUCAGAGGAGCCCUCCUUCGCAGUCCGAUCGGGCUAAGCCAUAGAACUCGCAUAAUCUCCUUAUCGACGCAGCCAUGGCGGAUUCAGUAAAAACUAGCCAAACCAAAGGCUUGACUGUCCAAUCGUCGCAAAUACCUCCUUGCGGCACUAUGCAUCAUUCCUCGCCUGUGUCAACAACAAGCGGAAUACCUUUCGCGAGUAAGCUCGUAUGGGGUACGAUAGGCACCAUCGCCCUCGUUUUAGUCACUUUCCUCGCCACGCGUCACACCUUCGACGCUGUAAGUUCCUACGGCCUUCGCCGGCUCGCGCUGGCCGGCGUCCCGCGGAGGUCACUACUAGCAGCAGGUGGUGCGUCCACGCCGACCCUUGAUAUCGAUUCACCUGAGACGCUUUCCCGUAGAAGAUCGCUAGCGGCAGCUGGAGCUGCUAAAGCAGGCGGUGGCGGCAGCGGCGGCGGCGGCGGCGUUUCCGGGUCGCGAGGCAAGCUGGAUCCGGGAUUCGUGGCGAAUAUCACGGCGGGAGUGAAGGUGGUGAUUGGCAGGGUGUACGCGAUAAAGAAGAGCCGCGGUAAAACGAAGAUAACGGAUUCCUGCUCAAACGACUGCCUCUCGCUGAUGAGCACUGCCGAGUACCAUCUCAGCAGCGUCGCAAAGGCGCUCAAGAGUAAAACCAGCUCAAAGGACGUCCCGUUUUGGCUGAUGGCCGCGCAAGACCAGGUUACGACGUGCCUGGAAGGGUUCCGGGAGUUUUCGCCGUCGACUCUCACCACACCAGUUGGGAAGUCCCUCCAGUCCCAUGGUAAUCGAGUGAAGAAACUUCUUAGCAAGGCCAUUCAACUCUCGCUUCACUUGUGACGCUAUGGAACAGCCAAGAAUAGGGUUAAACAUGACAAGGACAACUCGGAUUAUAGCAGAUGAGCAGUAGGAAUGUCUGACAUGCCACGGCAUGGUGAGAUUCACAUCACAUGCUUUGAAGGCUCUGUUAGUACAGAACGGCGUGGAGCUCUGUAUAUUAUUCAGAUUUAUGUUUCAGAGCGAUUUAUUCAACUGAGUGUGGUUGGAAUGCAUUUCCACUUUGCCGAUUUCAAAUAUUAUAGACU